GUUGAAGCGGACCUGUCCGGAACAUCCGGCUCUAGCGUCUCAACAUAAACAGCAAUGGCGGAGGCAGCAGCAGCGUCUACGGCGGCUUCACCAGUAACAGGAGGUUGGACCAAACACGUAACCUGCAGAUAUUUCCUGCACGGUCUUUGCAAAGAAGGAGACAACUGUCGGUACUCCCAUGAUUUAACCAACAGCAAACCUGCAGCUAUGAUUUGCAAGUUCUUUCAGAAAGGAAACUGUGUGUUUGGGGACCGUUGCAGGUAUGAACACUGUAAACCAGCAAAGAAUGAGGAGUUGCCAACACCUCAGACGCUGCCGCUGCCCUCUGCCUCGCUGGCCGGCUUGUCAGACCCAGAACCCAGUGGGCCGACACCUGGUUCAGGGGCACAAGAUUGGGUCAACGCUGCCGAGUUUGUUCCAGGACAGCCAUACUGUGGACGGGCUGAGCCAGUGAAGGUGGAGAGCUCCGUCCCUCUCAUCGAGGAGUUUGACAGUGAGGCAUCGCAGGACAACAAAGAGUUGAGGAAGCAGCUCUGUCCGUAUGCAGCUGUUGGAGAGUGCCGCUACGGAAUCAACUGUGCCUAUCUCCACGGCGAUGUGUGUGACAUGUGUGGCCUCCAGGUGCUCCACCCCACUGACAACGCUCAGCGCUCUGAGCACACAAAGGCAUGCAUCGAGGCCCACGAGAAAGACAUGGAGAUUUCAUUUGCCAUCCAACGCAGCAAGGACAUGAUGUGCGGCGUGUGUAUGGAGGUGGUGUUUGAGAAGGCCAACCCAAGCGAGCGCCGCUUUGGCAUCCUCUCCAACUGCAGCCACUGCUACUGUCUAAAGUGCAUUCGCAAGUGGAGGAGUGCCAAGCAGUUUGAGAGCAAAAUCAUCAAGUCUUGCCCAGAGUGUCGAAUCACAUCUAACUUUGUCAUCCCAAGCGAGUACUGGGUGGAGGAUAAGGACGACAAGCAGAAACUCAUCCAGAAAUACAAGGAUGGCAUGGGGAGUAAACCGUGUCGAUACUUUGACGAGGGUCGUGGAACAUGUCCUUUUGGCUCAAAUUGCUUCUACAAGCACGCUUUCCCUGAUGGUCGGCUGGAGGAGGCUCAACCACAGCGAAGACAGACCGGGUCCAACAGCAGGAAUCGGAACUCGAGGCGAACGCCACUGUGGGACAUCUUUGACGAGCGGGAAAGCACUGACUCCUUUGACAACGAGGACGAGGAGAUGGUGACGUUUGAGCUGAGCGAGAUGCUCCUCAUGCUGCUCGCCGCAGGAACCGACGACGAGGUGACAGAUUCAGAGGAUGAAUGGGACUUGUUUCACGAGGAGCUGGACGAUUUCUAUGAGAUUUACCUAUAGCAGCCCCACCCACUAUCCCCACCCGCCCUCGUGUAUAUUAGACACUAGAAUGGACUGUCUUGUGCGAGUGAUGGACAGUAGCUUUUCCCCCACCCCCCUGUAUUGUGGCAGUGCCUUUAAGCAGGCCAUUAAUAAAAUAAAUGAACUUAUAAAAGAUUAAAAAAAAAAAAAAAGAAAAGAAAAAAAAAUUCAGCAAGUCAGUGCGCUCGUGCUAAACAUUUUCUAGACAUCUAUCCUUGUGGGUCUAUCUUGUGCGGUUCAUGUUAAAAGGAAAAAUAAUAAAAUGACAAAAAGAGCUCAAUAUAAGAUUUAACAAAAAUUAUAACUUCAAAUAUUGCUAAUAAACAUUGUCAAGUUUAUUUGUGGGUGUGGGUUUGACUUGUUAUCAUCUACCCAGGUGUUAAUACAUACUUCUGAGACUCUGAGGAUGCACUCGAACUUACUCCGCACCAUUUACUGUAAUCGUGAUGGGCAUGUUGUAAGAUUUUACAUACCUUUUUUUUUCCUUUAAGCUGCUGAUAGCCAAUAUAUUGUGCUGAUGUUUAAUACAUUUACCAUAAUCAUCUCCAUGUUGUACUGAAAAAUAUUUACUGUCCCCUUUAUUCAGGGUCAGAAAGUCUUUCAUGGGGCAUUUAGAACAUAAACUGUCCAUCAGAGCCCAAACAGUCAAACUGUUGUGAGGUUUUACCACCAGCCCUGAUCCUGAGUAGCCGUGUUUGCAACUUGGACAUUUCAUAGACUGAGCAGGUUUACAAAGGCUGAUCUGCAGCUGUGGGAUUUAAAGUGAAAUUUCUAGAGCACACUGAUCUGCGAUUUCACUGUCGCAGAAAAAUUUCCAGUGUCGGAAUAAAAUCACGACAGUUUUCCCUUUGGUGUUGCGUGCUCCUGUGAUCUGGCUAGUUUGGUGUAAAGUGGUCAUAAGAGGUAGUACGAGCUGUAUUUUUCUCGUCCUGAUGUUCCGACAAAAUCAAACGUGUUUAAUAAUAUGCAAGUUUUUAGCCUUGGCUCAUGCAAAUACUGAAGUUGAAUGAUGUGAUGUACUCAAUGUACUCUAACAUCAGAUGUUAAAUUGUAGUUGGAAUGAAAACUGGGUUGACAUGUCUAACAACGUUAGAAUUUCACGUUGAGUGGACGUUAACUUUGUGAAGUAUACAUUGGAUUUUGUUCUCCGUACCUUACAUCAUGUUGUUACUGUAGGUCGAGAUGACUUUGACAUGAGAAGUUUGGAAGACGAUAGAUUUUUGUAACUUAAAACCAACAAAAUAUCAACAUCAUCUGUCGUCAGUAUUUUACGCCAAAUUGACGUUGGGAUUAGACCUCCCGAUAUUGAAUUUUCGUCACUGGACAUCACAACCUAAGUUUAAAUAUCAACAUCGAAUGACGUUGGUGGCCAGUUUGGAGGAGUCGGUGUUUAAUUUGGCGUGUAUCUGAUCUAUCAACCAGCACUUACUUUAGUGAGAAAUCUCUCAUUCCUCUCAUUCUUACGGUCUCGUCUCGCUAAAAUAGUGCCGCUAACCAUCGGAGGCUGGUAGCAAUUUGAGGCGACAGAAUCCAAAAUGUCAAGUUUGUCCACUGAUACAGUUUAUCUUUAUGCAUUAUAUUGAUGCCGAAUUCACAAGUGUACUGUUGACAUUUGACGCCUUUUGUCUUGUGUUUGUAGAAUCAUGUGUUUUUGCACACACUAAGAAAUUACUAUUUAAUAUUUUUUAAAGGGAGUUUGAUCAUCCUCCAGUAGCAGGAUGGAAAACAAUCUCAAAAGGACUCUAGUUGUAGUUGUGUAAAUAGUGACCCUUUAAGAUCCCAAGUCCUCUAGCAUAUGGUGUGCAUAGUUUGAGGCCACAGAGUGCUGCUCAGUGCUCCCACUGGUGGCUGGAAGCUAUACUACAGCUAUACUACUGAACAAAAGCCACCAGUGGCAGCAGCGAGCUUACUGCUGCUGAGUGUGCUGCAGUCAAGAGUCUCAUUCACUGCUCAGUGAAGUGUCUGGGUUACAAAGACGAUGAUCUAAGACCCUGAUGCAUUGUAUGACAGGUCCUGGAUCAAGGCUAGGGGUAAAAAACUAAGUGGCUACGGGCUAAAUGACCCUUACCUUCCUCUUCUAUCACACACAGACACACACACGCACCUGUGCACCUGUAGUGAAUCUGGGAAACAUACUGCCUUUGAAUGAAGAAUGAAUUUACUGUGCAAUUAAGGUGAAAUGUCAUGUCAGGUUUUCCAGAUACUUUUGUUUUUCUGUGAUCGAACUACAAAGCUCUAACUUCUCUGUGGUCCAAUUUGCUCCCACAUCAGUAAACAGCUACGUCACUCAGACAAAAUACAAAGAACUUUGUUUCAAAUCUUCUCCCUACACCAUCCUGAAUCUCAGCAUCCAGGAACACCUGUGGUACCAAAAGACAACUCCUUUGUCAGAACCCGGCUAAAGAGUCAACACUUUAAGCUCUUCAGCAGACUUGCAGUGCAGAGAAUCGUGGAGCUGAGACACUUUUAGUUUCCCCACAGCACCAGUGUGAAGUGUAGAUUCACUGCUCUGUGUUGGCUUCACUGAGUAACGCUUUGCUGCUGAGAUGUUCAUCCACAGACUCCUGAUAGCCGGUCUCAACCUGUUAAACUCCAUCGGAAUGCAUAUGUUUAUACUGAAAUGUGUGUUUUCUAUGUUCCACAGCCAUCCAUCUUAACUUGAAAUUAAAGUUUAUUAUCAAUCUC